UCUCACGGCAAGCGUUCUCUAUCCAGCAUCACGGAUCCCACGUCUUCUCGAUGACCGCUAUGCGCCCCCAUGGUCAGUGAGCCACCGCUCAUCCUUCCACCCCCAUGGUACCAGAGCCGUCGUCGAUUGUGCCCGUUUAUUGUCGAUAUGUGCACACCGACCGAUGGCUCCUCACGCACCUCGACGCUUCAUGGACGAUCUCGCAAGUCAAACAGCACCUCUUGACCAAGUUUCUGCCUACCAGCGCACCGUCCCUGCGCAAACCAGCGCGGGCCCGUCGUGAUCGACCGCUUUCCCCUAUCACCUUCUCGUCGCACGGGCACAGCGACAACGAGGGCGACAGCGACUAUCAGUCGGCGGAGGAGAAUGGGUCUGUCCUGGACGCACAGGACGGCUUCGUAGACGAUGGAGAGUUCUACCGAUACAAGUAUGCACCUGCGUCUCGCCCCAUCGGCACCUCGUCGAUCACACUCGUCGUUCCGCCGGAGGCUUCUCUCCCUUCUCCGGCGAACUUCACAGCCAUCGCCUUUUCUACCGGACAGCUCCUCGAAGAUCCCUUCCAAUUGUCCUGGUACGCUCUGCAACCAUACGAGCUGCUCGAGUUUUAUCCACGCGGUGAAGCCUUCAUUACCUUGCCUCGCCACAACCUGGAGGCAUACGUCCGCCCAUAUUUUGAAGCGCGCGUGUGGGCCUUGCGCUUCGUAGGUGAUAACCUGUCCGCUGAGCAUCACGCAGAGCUGGAGCGGCCAAAGAGCAAGGGUAAGGGUAAGGGUAAGGAGCGCGACCGUCGCACGGGGAGCGGAAGCGGGCCUACUGCGGGUGAUGGCGGCGAGGAGACGUGGGGUGGUGACGCAGACGAAACGAAGCGCAGGUUGGAACGAAAGCAUAGGAAGAAGAUGGAAUGGCGCGAGCGGUGGGUGGUCAUGCAUCAGGGCAUGUUCAAGCUCUGUCGGAACCGCAGCCCUUGCGAGGCGGUGAAUACCUGCAUCCCCGCACGACCUCGGCCCUGCCGCAUGCGCACAACCCAUCUCUACCAUCAUCGUCGGCCUCAACGCCUCUGUCAUCACCGAGCCCCGCGCAGUCUCACCUCCAGCCUAUAUCUGACCCGAUGAAGCCCACCCUUGACGCCUCCACGCCUAAUACUGGGCGCCGGAU